AUGUUCCAUCGAGGAGUAGAAAGGUUUAAACUUUCAACAAUCAGAUUCCAUUCUUAAUUAAUAACAAUUGAAGCAACGUACAAGGAAUAAAAUUAAUUGGAAUACAAUAUGUAAGGAUUCUUACAUGCUUAACCUCAAAGCACCACACAGUCACCAGGAAACAGGAGAGGAGGAAGUUAAAAAUGGCAACAGAUGUUUUUCUUGAAUAUUUGCACUUUACCAUCGCAACGUCUCAAUUUUAUGGAGUGGUAAUGGGUGUUUUUAUCGCGGGUUGGUACCUAUUAACAGUUUUUGCCACUUCAUCGUUAUCUGAACCUGUUGUUCCGAUUCCCGGCUAUAUUUGUCUUGUUAGGGACAAUUUUGAAGAAGAUUUUCUAGCUCCGAGCCCUCCGUCUGGAUGUCCGGCAAUUUCCAAUUUUCCCGUUUGGUAA